AGGCUGUGGUUGCGAGUCUGCGCCUGCCCCUGCCUGCCACUGAGAGGCGUCGCGAGCUCUGCUGGAAACUAUACGGUGCUCAAUUUUUCAAGAUGUCGUCGUUGGAACAGAGGCUGUCGCGAAUCGAAGAGAGACUAAAGCAGGAAAAUGAAGAAGCUCGCCGGAGAAUCGACCUUAACAUCGACAUGAGCCCGCAGCGAUCACGUCCAAGGCCAAUCAUCGUGAUCCAGCUCAGUCCUGCUCCAGCCCCUUCCCAGCGUGCAGCUCUUCAGCUACCUCUGGCCAACGAUGGAGGCAGCCGCUCGUCAUCGUCUGAGAGCUCACCUCAGCAUCACCCCUGCCGCCCACGACACAUGCUCACCUUGCCCACCCCCCCAUACGGCCUACAGAAGAGCCUAGAAAAUGUAGAGAUCGACCAGAAACUGCAGGAGAUCAUGAAGCAGACCGGUUAUCUGAAGAUCGACGGUCAGCGUUAUCCAGCAGAGGUAACAGACCUCAUCAGCGAGGGAGAGAUUGGCAGUGGGACUUGUGGACAGGUCUUCAAAGUACGAUUCAAGAAGACGGACCACGUCAUCGCUGUCAAACAAAUGCGUCGUACUGGAAAUAAGGAUGAGAACAAGAGGAUCCUGAUGGACCUGGACGUGGUGCUGAAGAGUCACGACUGUCCUUACAUCAUCCAGUGCUACGGAGCCAUAGUCACCAACACGGAUGUCUUCAUUGCGAUGGAGCUGAUGGGGACAUGUGCAGAGAAGCUGAAGAAGAGAAUCCAGGGUCCCAUCCCAGAGCGAAUCUUGGGGAAGAUGACAGUAGCAAUAGUGAAAGCGUUGUUGUACCUGAAAGAGAAACACGGUGUCAUCCAUCGGGACGUCAAACCCUCCAACAUCCUCAUCGAUGCUAAAGGUCAGAUCAAACUGUGUGACUUUGGCAUCAGCGGCCGUCUCGUCGACUCCAAGGCGAAGACUCGCAGUGCUGGCUGUGCUGCCUACAUGGCUCCUGAAAGGAUAGACCCUCCAGAUCCCACCAAACCAGACUAUGACAUCAGAGCAGACGUGUGGAGCCUCGGCAUCUCUCUGGUGGAGCUAGCUACAGGACAGUUUCCCUACAAGAACUGCAAGACUGACUUUGAAGUUCUGACCAAAGUGCUGCAGGAGGAUCCUCCCCUCUUGCCUGUCGGCAUGGGUUUCUCCCCUGACUUUCAGUCUUUCGUCAAAGAUUGCCUGACAAAGGAUCACAGAAAAAGGCCAAAAUACCAUCAACUGCUUGAGCACAGUUUCAUCCAACGUUAUGAAGUUCUGGAGGUGGAUGUUGCUGGCUGGUUUCAGGCGGUGAUGGAUCGUACCGAAUCACCUCGCAGCAGCCAGUGUUACACCCAUCAGCACAUGCUCCACUCGCUCUUCAGUAGGUAGCCUAGCCUUCGCCAGCACGGCGUUAGCUCCACCCUACGCUAGACUAGACCAGACCGGCUUUAGCUCGGCCUAGCGCAGGCUAAGUCUGUUUCAGGCUAGCUGUUAGCAGCUGCGCCCAGCUCCAGACCCAACCUGUCGAUCCAUCUGUCCACCAGAACACCUGAAGAGCCCAUAGAGGAGAGAGACGGAGACUCAGUGGAGGACUCUAGAUGAACAGAUGGAGAGAUGGAUGGAGGUCCACUGACGGAUAGAUGAAAAAGUGUUUUUUUUUUUAUUUAGUCGUGUGUAAACUUGGACUGACAGACAUGAGGAGGAGGGAACAUUAGAAGAAUACACUUUUAGUUACCUUCACUCACACUCACACACACACUAUCACACACUCAUAUUGUACUUCUAACAGUCACAUGUUCACACAGAUUCCAGCAUGGAUCCAAGCAGUUGGAUCAACAGAGUAGUCACUACACACUGGAGUACGAGUCUGCUACUUUAGGACACAGAAGGACAAAGUAUGUCUGUGCAAUUAAGAUUCUUCAAGUGUUUCUAUUCUUCAUCCUCAGGCUGAGUCUAAAUGUUGUUCUAGGUGUGUGUGUGUGUGUGUAUGGACAAAUACCUUAACACUGGCUGUUUUUAUCGGUGAGCCACUCACGAUCACACUACAGCUCUGACACGAGGGUCUGCUCAUUGGCUGGCUGUGUGUAUGUAAUACGUGUGUAGGCAGGCUAGGAUGUACACACUUUGCUCUAAACGAGUUCGACUACAGGUUGCUUUAUUUACAGUUGUUCUAACGGAGAAAACACAAAAAAAUUAGUGUCGUAGCUUUGCAGUGAUGUGUGUUUUUGUUUGUUGUGUAUUUAGUGUUUCGUGAAAAGAGUGGAUAUUGAGAAGACGAGAGAUGAGGUAAGGCGAUGAUGUCAUGUGUUCUGGACCUUCCACUCCUUUUAGGAGUGGAAGACGGAAGGUCAGAGGUCAAAGUAAGACUGACUAGCUGUGUGUUUGGCACAAAGAACACGCGCUACAUCGUUGUGGAGCCAUUUCAAACACAAAUCUCUGUCUACCUCUUCUUUCUUGUCUGUGGCUCUUUCUGUCAGCUGUUGAGCAGGAUGUAGAGCUCCUCCGUUGUCAGACCAAAGGCUGGACGCAGGCUGCUGCUGGAGUCCAGGAGACACUGGGGUGGGAUUGGUGUGGUUUUGGUUUGGAUCCUAUAGACGAGGUGUCAGCGCCUUGCCCGGAUUUGCACGCAAACUCGCUUCUGACAGUCUUUUUAUUUAUUUAUUUUUGUAAAACCAGAUAUGAAUCCCCCACACGGGGAAACUUGCCUGGUGCCAUGUCGUGUCAUCAUGCUGCUCCGGUAUUUUAACAUUAAAACAUUCACCUGAAAGCAGCUUGUAGGACACCUGUCUGUAGGACCUGUCUCUUCUUAUUGGCUACUGAGAUCCAGGGACACGGACAGGUGGGCUGGGGAUGAUAUCUAACCUGCAAAUUAGCAUCAGAAGGAGCUGCAACUUGUUGCUGCACAACAAAUGUAAAACCUUUGGUUGGCACGUUUGGCUUGGUUUUGACACCUCUGAGGACAGAGGCACAGCUGAAACGCAGACGAGCCCUUCUGCCUCCCCUCCUGCAGGCCCACAGCCAAAGCCUACUAGACGUAGAAGCAGCCGCCAUCGUGUCACACACACCGAACCAAACCACAGCGAGAGGACGUAAACAGUCGGGGAGUGAGGCCGAGAGGAACAGGCAUGUUGUCAGGGUGGGAGAAAGGACGAGAGCAAAUGAAACGGCAGGAACGUGAGAGGAGAACGUGGAGGGAAACGAGAGGGGUGAUGGCGAGUGAAGGAAGUGAGAAAGAAAAAGACAAGUCCGAGACAAACGAGUUGAAGGGAUGUUGAAGGUGUUGAGACGGGAGACGCCGACACAAAAACCAAGUUUCAGCGGCCAGCUGAGCUCCGAGGCCGGCUGGUUCCUGUAAAAAGCUUUCGUGGCGUUACACCGACCUGUCAGUAGGGUCUUAGUGGUGGUUGUUGUUGUUUACUAUUCUGUGUUGUUUUCAGUUUUUCUACUGCUGCUUUUGUUUAUCGCUUUAGACGCUGCUGUCACUUCUUUUCCCCAAAGGAGAGAAAUAUUUUAUUCAUGCUUUCUUUUAUUUCAAGCCAAAAAAAAAACCAUCUAAUAAUGCAAAGCCUACACAUCUUACCAAAAACAGAAGAGCAAGUCCGAGGCAGGUAAACGUACGUGGGAGAGGGCUGAGAUGUUCAGGGAGGCUCAAGAACUAACACACUUCUCACCUCAACUUUUAGCUCUGUGUGUUCAUCAUUAGCAAGGACACCACAUUAUGACUCUGUACAGUGUAGAUAACACACUCAGGGGGUCUGUCUGUCCACAGUCCGUCCAGCAGUCCGUCCAUCUGUCCAUCCCUCCAUCUGUCCACCGGUCGCCUGCAAGCUUGACAACCUUAACAGUUCACACCAAAGGUGACCACGACUCAGCAGAAGAGCUUUGUUCUCAUCAUGUUUGUGACUUUAGAAGUGAAUGCUCUAUGUGAAAUCUCUCUAGCUUGUGUGUGUGUGUUGGGGGGGGGUGUUAUAGUGCUCAGGGGGAGACUGGUGAUAAAACCAGCCGUUUAACCAGUCCUGUGACAGCCUGUGUUCCUGACCAGUCAGAAGUAAACAACCACAGCUGUGGUGACUCGCUUACGUUCAUUUAGACUUCUAGCACUGAUGCCAACCAGGAGGUGUGUAGUUUUAAUAGUGAGUACAGGUGAAACCUAAGUGUCUGAUGUCAUGGGCUAACUGGUGCUGUAAACUGGUUUUGUCUGAAAGCCUCCAGCUUUGUGCUUGGGUUAGGGCUGGACUCUGUUAGUUGACCUUUAACCUGGUGUACAUAAACCAGGUGCUGCUGUCCUGCUCCGCUAGGUUAGCCUAACCCACUGGACCCAGUCUCCCACUGAGCGCUCCGCGUUUAAAGCUGUGUAUCCACUCACACACACGUGUGUUUUGGUUUGUGAUUGGACCGGGCAUAAAUCUGAUCGUGAGCAAGUGUGUGUGGAUGGACACACACACACACACACACACCAGUUGUAUAAACUUGCUGAUGCGGACUCCUGCCAGCACUGGCUUUAUGUUUUUUAGCUCAUGGAGUGUGAGAUCAGCGAUGUGUCUGAAGUGGUUUAUCGUGUGUGUGUGUGUGUGUGUGUGUGUGUGUGUGUGUGUGUGUGUGUGUGUGUGCGUGCGUGCUCCAUUUGUAAGUAAACCAAAUAUCAUUUUCACUAUGCAGUCAUUGAAAGCAUGCCAGAGAGAGAGCUUCCUGUACAUACACAGAAACACACCACCUUCAGUUAGAGAGGGACGGAGCAGCAGCAACGUCGUGAAUGAGCUGACAGAUAUUUAAGGAUUGUAUUGGGGGGGGGGGGUCAGUGCUGUAAACUAUAUCAGUUGCAUGUUAUUGUCACCGCUGUAACUGCCGUUGUUUUUGUUAUGUUCCAAGACGAUGGCCUGUUUGGGGCGGGGAUGCACAAAACUUUAUCUUAUUUAUGAUUUUUACAUAUCUGGUAUGUUUUUUUGUUUUUAUAUUUGAAAAAAAUGUUGAACUAUUGUGUAUUUUAGAAAAACACACACUUUGCCUUUUUAUGUUUUCUGUCAGUUCUUUACAACAUACUGUUUCACUUUGGCCCCAUCACAUGAUGAUGAUGAGGAGGAGGAGGAGGAGGAGGAGGAGGAGGAGCUGUACCUUUAUUAGCCAACAGUGUUUGUUUGUUUGUUUCUGUUAGCGGGGCUGUUUGUUGGUCCCGUUUCCCUCCUUAUGUGUCAUACGUGUGCUGUGUGUGGCGUCUGUCCACCCAAAGGCUUUUAUUCAUGAUGAUUAUUAUAAUUAGCUUUUAUUUGUGUUAUUUUAUGGUUUGUUUAUUAUAAUGAUUACAGAUUUGUUUUUAUUAUUCAGGGCAAUGUUGACACCAAAUUGAACAAAGACAUAACGAUCACACACUCUUGUAUGUUUGGUAGCGAUUUAGAUGGAGCUGUAAUCAAACGGCUGCAUAAGGAUGACCUCUGACCUGAAAGACUAGUAGUAUUUUUUAAUUAUUGUUAUAUUUUAUUUUCCUUUGAUGAUCAACUCUCUGGUUGAUUUUUUUGUCCUUGUUACCCCGCACGGGUCAUAAACUGUGUGCUGUCAUUAUAUUUUCCCUUCACCUCCAUUUGUUUUUAUUUUCUUACGUAUAUUUUUAAAGUCUGUCGUGUUUUGUCUGAUGCUGUAGUCAUGAGCUUCUGGACAAAUACCAGAGCGUUAAUUUUAUUUCUGAUUUUGUAUUUUAUUGUCGAGACUGUGGUGACUCAUGUUGCACUCGUGCUGGGGUUCUGUUAUGUUUUGUAUCGUCGAUUAUCGUGCGGAGAGAAUACUUCCUGUUUUCUUAAAGUCACAGCUGUUAUUUUAUCAAUCACACAUCUGUGACACAAGAAAAUGAUUUGACAGUGUAUUUUCCUCACUCAUAUUUAUUUAUUUGUCCUUUGUGUGUGUGUGUUGAAUGAUUUUGCGUGUGUGUUGAGAUUGUUGGAAAAGGAGACUUUCUUUGGCAUUUUAUUUUUGUGUACAGAAGUUUUAUUAUAUUGAAUCAUCCAACUAACUUGCAGUCAGUUUCAUUAGAUUUAUCAGGUGAAAUCGACACCAGCGGUUCAGUUUACUGUAACUGUCUAUAAUAUUAUUCUGUUUAUUGUUUACCCUCUCCAAAGGCCCAGAUAAACAAACUGCUUAUGGUUUAAAUCCACAUCCAGCUGGAUUAUCCGCAUUGUUUGAAUUGUAGGUGGUGAGUGUUCACUGCCACCAGUUUAUAGAUAUUAGAGCUGAUAACUGUUAUGAUGAUGGACCCUUGUUGUUACCCCCUCACCCCCUGGCAGCGAGGUGGAAGUCUGCAGCUUGGUUUAGCGAUGUUGGUCCUCCCGUGUGAGUUUGGCUGGUUUGGGGUGUGAGGAGGGCGCCCACCGCUGUUUAAAGGCUUCUCACAUGUAAGACACACCAAUGUCUAAAAGUUGAGUCACUUUACCGCCCCCGUCUCAAGUUGUUUUUGCUUUUUGGCUGUAUUUAAACACCACCACCCCAGUGAUCCCUAGUCUCAUUUCAAACUGAUCAAAUGCCAUUAUAUUGUGAAUACCUCAGGAUUUUUUUUUUUUUUUGAGAAAAAAUAUAAAACUCUUAAAAAUCAAAUAAAUAAAAACUCUGGAAAAAA